CCUUCUCUCAGAGCAGAGGAAACGGGGUGCAGGCUAGCUCCGGUAACGGUAACGGCUUUAUUUACAGCUAUAGUCACUCCAGCGACGAUGGCACAUAAUAACGUGAGACAACGGAUACCAGAAUCGGGCCAAGCUAACGGAAACCGGUGUCGUCUUGUGGCGGGAAGCCCCGCUCCGUGUCGGUUUGUUGUUUAGGUUAGCUACCUCAGGCUAGCUAGCAGACUGCUUCUUUUAACGGUUUACCGGGAGUUAGCCUCGGGAGGAGACAUCUAACCGCCGCCCGGUCAAAGUUACGGUUAAUCUGUAGCGGGACUGCCUCACAUGAUGGACGGGGGAGUGCUGCUGCGGGGGAAACGGACCCGGUAAACCUGCAGGAUGCGCUAGCGGAUGUAGUUAGUUAGCAUCGGGCCUGAGUACCAGCACACUUCCAGCCUUCCUUGCUUCCUUCCCUUCCUUCCUCCCUAGCUGACCCAGGAGCACAGACCCUCUCGUCUUCCAUGAUCACAAUGGAGUCAGCCCUGAAUCCGCUGCCACAGUUCCCAGAAAACUCUUAUAAGAUGACUGAGGAGGAUGUGAAGAGGCUGAUUGAGUUCAGGGCGUCCAACGAGGCUCUGUUCACAGGGAAGAGAAACUCUGCCAAGAUAGCAUGGAGCACCAUCUUAAAGGGCCUCGGUCUGGAGGGGAAGCUGACAGCUGACCAGAUUGCCAAAAAAUGGGACAACUUGCGGACAAAAUACAAGGACCUGAAGCAGCCCUAUCAGGGCCAGGACAACAUCGGAGGUGUCGUGGAGUCGUGGCCCUGGUUCCACAUCAUGGAUGAAGCCAUGCACGGUCGCCUCUAUAACAGCAACCUGGUGCUGAGCCCAGAGAACGCCAGCAACACUGGUCACCGCUGCAACAGCCAGCCCAACCAGAACCAGGAGAACACCGACAUCUUGGAGUUCCUCAUUAAAACGGAGAUGGAGGACACAGUGGCGCAGGAAGCAGCUGGGGAUGAUGGGACGGUUCACACGGAGGCUCCUCCUGCUGAGGGGGUCCCCAUGGGCUGGAGGAGGAUGACCGAGUGCUCCUAUAAAAUGACCGAACCAGAAACAGAGAGAAUGAUCAAACUUCGAGCUGCAAACGAAGCUCUCUUCACUGGAAGGAAACAUUCAGCCAAACCAGCCUGGAGAGCCAUCCUGUACGAGCUGGGUCUUCAGGGGAAGCUGACCACGGAUCAGCUGGCAAAGAAGUGGGACAACCUGAAGAGGAGAUACAAGGUCCCUCUGUGGACGAUCUGUAGAACUUUCUGUCUCUACCAGGAGCUGAAGUUUCCCGCUCGAGGCGUGGAGACCAACCCGAGCUCCUGGCCCUGGUUCUACAGAAUGAACGACGCCAUGGAAGGGCGCUUCGCCGGGGCGGCGCCCAUCCUCACGCCUAUUGUGGAGGACGAAGACGAGGACUGUGAGCCACUGUCACCGACGCCCAAGAAACGAGCCCGCCGCAGCCGAGGCGGGAUGGCUGAGUUCCUGACGGAGUCGGAGAUGGACCUGCUGGUUGAUAAUGAAGACAAGAACGGAUCCUCGGCUCUGGGUGAGCUGCACCGGAUGGCCGAGUUCACAUACAAAUUGACAGAAGACGACACCAGGCGACUAAUUGAGUUGCGAGCUGCUAACGAGUCUCUGUUCACGGGGAGGAGGAACACUGCCAAGCCAGCCUGGAGGGGGAUAGUGAAGGAGAUGGGUCUGACAGGGAAGAUAACACCUGACCAGGUCGCUAAGAAGUGGGACAACCUGAAGACCAAAUUCAAGGACCUGAAGUUUCCUCCUCGGGGGAUGGAGGGUCAGACUAACCCCGCCUCCUGGCCCUGGUUCCAGCUGAUGAGUGACGCUCUGGAGGGGCGGUUGGCGGGAAAAGCUCCCAGAGUGGCGCCCGUCUGGAGCAGUGAGGAGGACGGAAGUGGAGGCGUCUUUGGCUCGUCUCCACCCGCUGACAGAGACUGUUUGAUGGCGGAGAGGAGCAGCGUGUCAGAGCUGGAGAGCAUGGUGGGGGGGGACGCAGCCGAGGCUGAUGGGAACGUGACCUACAUUGACGCCAGUGGAGAGGAGUGUUCGACGCCCUCAGACCUCUCUUAUAAAAUGACGGAUCAGGACACCAGGAGGAUGAUCAAACUCCGAGCUGCUAACGAGGCGUUGUUCACUGGGAGGAGAAAUGCUGCCAAAGCUGCCUGGAAGGCCAUCCUGAAGGAGCUCGGGCUGCAGGGGAAGGUCUCAACAUACCAGAUGGCGAAGAAGUGGGACAAUCUGAAGAGGAGAUACAAGGACCUGAAGUAUCCUCCUGUUGGGAUGGAGAGUGUAGCAGACAGCACCUCCUCCUGGCCGUGGUUCCACCUGAUGAAUGAAGCCAUGGAGGGCCGCCUGACGAGCAGCGCCCCCCUCCUCACCCCCGUCACCCAGGACGACGACCCUGACCCCGCCCCCAGACACAGGUCCCGGCCAGCCCCUCCCCCUCCUCCUCCCCCCUCCUCUUCCUCAGAAUACGGACAGGAGACGUUCAGCGACGGUGGCGAGCAGAACCAGCGCAGCUCGGAGGUGUGCGACGGGCCACUGGGAGGACUGGAGAGGGAGUGGGACAUGGUGGAGAGGGAGAGGACGGCGCUGGAGCGAGAGAGGGAGAUGGUGGAGCGGGACAGGGCGGCGGUGGAGAGGGAGAGGGCGGCGGUGCAGGCGGAGAGGCUGUGGCUGGAGAGGGAGCGGGCGGCGGUGGAGCGGGACAGAGCCAUGGUGGAGCAGGAGAGGGCGACACUGGGGCGGGAGAGGGAGGUGCUGGAUCAGAGGGCUCUGAUGCUGAACUCUGUAGGACACUCUGGACACCUUAACGCCCUCAUGUAGGCUAGCGUGGGGACGUAGACCGUCCCUGUGGAGACAUUCUGGUCUGUGGUGGAGGUCUGGAGGAGUAAACCUCACUGACAGAUCGCAGAGGAAAUGUAGAGCUGGUACCCGCUGUGAGAGCCUCGCCUGGAUGUAGACACGGUUGGUCUUCCACACUGAGCUGGUCCUGCAGACGACACCACCCAGCAGACGUAGGUUAAUUUAACAGGAGAGCUGCACAGUUAAUAAUCUCUGUCAGGAUCUUUCUUUCCACUGUUGUGUAAUAUAAUUUGGAUUUUUUAAGCUAAUACUGACAGAUAUAUUUGAGGGUUUUUUUUAACAUAAACAACCUUGAUUCAGAUCCCUUUGGGGUUUUUUUUUUUUUGUGUAUUUUUUUCUUUUUUUAAAGAAUAGUACCAGAGGCCCUGUCGACUCAAUGUGUCUUUGUGUAAAGAGAUAUUUUCCACAAGGUUUUUGCCUCUCAUCCAUGCAAACAAGAGUUUUAGGUCACAAAAUCAGAGGUUUUUCAAAACUUUGGUUCGUGUGACGUGUAAUACAGAGCGUGGAAAACAAUGACAUCAUCUCCAUAAUUUGCACAUGCCAAUUGUUGCAUCUGCUAGAAAGAACAACCAUGGUGGACUACUGUAGAGUCACAUUUCUCCAAAGCACCUGGAGUUGUGUACCAGAAAGAUGUUAAAGGUACAUGAUGCAGGAAUUGUUGGUUACUGUUUGGUUAGCAUUGUCACCUCACAACAGGAGGGUUCCUAGUUCAAACCCAGGGUGGGGGUGCCCCUCGGUGCAGACUUUGCAUGUUCUCCCUGUGUCAGCUUGGAUGUCCUCCAGGUACUCCAGCUUCCUCCCACAGUCCAAAGACACGCAGGUUAAUUGGUGACUCUAAAUUGUCCGUAGGUGUGAAUGUGAGUGUGAAUGGUUGUCUGUCUCUAUGUGUCAGCCCUGUGAUAGUCUGGUGACCUGUCCAGGGUGAACCCCGCCUCUCAGCUGGGAUUGGCUCCAGCGCCCCCGCGAACCCUAACAGGAUAAGUGGUUACGAAAAAAAAGAUAGAAUGAAUGUGUGUAAAUGGUAUUGCCAGCGAAAGUGAAAGUGAAAGACAACUCCAGGUUCACUCUCCUCCCACUGUAUUUGUGGGUUUUUUGUUUUUUUUUUUGGUGCUGUGGAUUCCUCUUGGAUGCGUGCUGCUUACAGUCUGGUCACUACCUUUCUAUGAAGACCUCACCUGAGCACUGUUGGGGUACACACCUAUAAAUGUCCUGAACACAGAAAAUAAGAAAAUCCAGGCAGAGGGCACAGGCUCUGCUGAUAAAUACACAACCACUCGCUGCUGCUGUUAUUUAGAAGUUCUCUAGACAUAUUAUACUCAGAGACCCGGCCAAAGGGACUGCAUACAGCCGUUAACACAAACACAAUAUUUGACACCAUUUACAUAAAACACAGUAAGUGACUAUUUCAAACUGAGACAUUUGUCAUGAAACAUAUUUGAAUUCUUGGCAUGAAAACAACAUUUCCAUAUGAAAAUUAGACUUUGAGGAGUGAGACAGACGCGCUCACAUAUCACAUGUUCACAUACUGAGCUGCCAUUGAGGCAGGAUCAGACAGCUGGGGGUGAAUGUGUCGUUUAUCUCUGUUGGAGACAGAAUGAGCCAUUAUCUUUUGUUGAGAGACGUUACAACCUAAAAUAUUACUGCUUUCAUCAGGGCGAAAUAAAGUACAUGUAUGCAGACCUAAAAUAACUGAAACAUUAAACAGCUGGCACCUUAAUGCUGCUCUUUAGUUUACUGAGCAAAUGUGUUGUUUGAGAGAUGAUUUGCUGGUUUGAUAAGUGAUAACAUGUCAGAGGGAAUUAUCUCUGUUUCAACGCUCAUUAAAGAAACAAAGAGGAGGCUGUGUUAACUUAAACUAAGACAAACCAUAAUACUUAAAAAUGAUAAUCUCCCACCUGCAGACGCUUGGAUGACAAACAUUCACAAGAGUUUUAGCAGGUAUUUAGAUUGGUUGACAAAAUUUAAAGGACCAGUGUGUAGGAUAUAGGGGGAUACAUUGGCUGAAAUGGAAUAUAAUAUAAUAUAAUAUAAUAUAAUAUAAUAUAUUUCUUUAGUAUAUAAUCACCUGAAUCUUUGUAUUUUUGUUACCUUAUAAUGAGGUGUUAAUAUCUACACAGGGAGCAGACGGACAAACCAAUCACUGGCUCUAGAUAGAGACAUUUGCAUUUUUGCAAAGGCAGCCAUAGUUUGAGGCCCCACUACCAUAAGCAGCGUUUGGGAAACACAGAUUUUUUUAUUUUGUUUUUGUGUGUUUGUUUUUUUACAUGAAACUGCUUUAGUCAGUGUUUUUACUGGUGUAAAUCACCUGUUACAUUUGUUUUGGAGAGGAAGAGACCUCUGUGUAUAAUUCAGCUCCCUGUAAAAACCUUCUGAACAGUGAAUGCUGAUUGAAUUCUAAUCAGGAGAAGUUUCAGCUGGUUGCAAAAUGCAAUCCUCACGACUACAUACCACAAAAUCCCCCUAUAUCUUACACACUGGACCUUUAAGAUGUGAGCAGUAGGGCUGCAACGAUUAGUCGACUAAUUGAUGACUAAUCAACUAUUAAAAUACUCGUGACUAUUUUAGUAGUCGACUAAUCGGUUUGAGUCAUUUUUCAUAGAAAAGUACUAUAAAAGUCCCCCAAAAUACUCUUACUGCAGCUUCUUACAUUCAAAUAUUGGCAGCUUUACACACUCUCUCAUGACGGGGAACUAAAACCCUUUGGCGUGAGUACGAAACAAGACAUUAGAUGACAUCAUUUUGGGGUUUGGGAGAGACCGACAUUUUUCAACAUUUUCACACAUUUUUCGAUAAAAUGAUUAGUCGACUAAUCGAAGAAAUAAUCGACAGAUAUAGUCAACAAUGAAAAUAAUCGUUGGUUGCAGCCCUAGUGAGCAGUGAUUAACCGCGCGCUGCAGGUAUCAUGUAACUCUAUUUUUAUGUCCUUUUGAUGAGGUGCCGUCCUGUAUUUGCACUAUUCAUAUUUUAAGAUGCUUUCUUCUACACAACACCAAACUGAAGGCUGUUCACUUUUUAAAGCCUGAAUGUCUGAGUUCUGAUCUCUUUCACAAUUUAAAAUCUCUUUGACUUCCUGCAUGAAAUGGGUUUGAUUUAAUAAGAUGACGUCACACACAGAGGCAUUGCUGUGGAGGCAGUGACUGAGUUUAAUCAUUGAACAGUUUCUGGGUGGAUGUGUGGGUCUGAUGCAUCUGAAGUUUUCUGUCAGUUUAACAUUUCAAACCAGAUGAUUGUAGUGAGUUUUAAUUGUGCAGCUCUUCCUGUUGAGACCUCUGAGUGCUGCUGAGGUUUUAUACACCAGUGUUCCAAGUAGAUCACGACUGUACGUAGACUAACACGGGCUGUAGACCACCCUGGACCCACGAUGAUGGUGAUGAUGAUGUGGAGCCGACUUUACACGACUCUGCAUUAAUAAACAAACUCUGAUGUGCAUUCAAGUGUUUCCUACUCACAGGAUUUAUUUGGGCGGUUCACCCAAACAGAGUUUUUCCAUUUUUGUAUUUAUUUACAAAAUUAUUAUUAUUAUUAUUUUUUUUGUAUUAUUUUUAUUUAAAGUUACAUCUGUCCCUCUGAUUUUCACUGAAGUCACAGAGCAAAGCGUCAGAUACUUCAAUAAAUAAUUGCUGAAGGUGUUUCACAUCUCGUCCUGCUGCUCUGAAUGUUUCCUGCAAUAAUUUCUCACUCAGUUUGUGCGACACGACAUUAAACAGUCUCAUCACCAUUUUUAUUUGUUUAUAUGGAUGUUAUGCUGCAUUAUUUUAUAUUUUAGAAGAAAUCGAAGAUCAGGAGCAGAACAGCACUUCACUUUUAUUGUUAACUCGGGCUCUUAACCAAUCAGAGGAGAGCUACAUGAUGUUAUGGAGCUCAGUAGGAGGACUUCUAAUCUCAAGGAGGGCACUAACAACAACAAAACAAACCGACUGAAUGUUAAUAUCAGAAAAUAAGAUGAGAUAAUUCAUUAAUGACAGAUUAAACCUCAUAAAUAUAAAAAAAAUAUGUAAUAAAAUUUUAAGAAAAAUUAAAAGUCACAUCAUAUAAUGAAUCCAAAAACCUCUGUGGUAACUUAAUCUUUCACCUCCUCAACGACAAAUUUUAACAACCUCGAUGCCCAUUAAAGAUUGUCAAUAACAUCGAAGCUUCCCAUCACCAGGUGUUCACAACUUUUAAGUAACAUGGGGUUUUUUUUUGCCAACAAAAAGUAAUUUGCAUGAACAUUAGAUUAAAACCACAGAACUGAUUUUAACUAAAAAUGUCUCUAAAAGUUUCUCAUUGUCCUGUUUUUGUUUCUGAUAUUGACAUCACUUUGAACUUGUGAUGCUCUUUUUUUUUUUAACAUUUUAUACACCAAACUACAACAGAAAAAUGAACUUAAACUAUUUUUUUUUUAACUGAUUAAUUAUUUAAGUCAGUCAAUAAUGUGCGGUUAUCACAAAAUCCCACGGCACACCACUUGAGAACCACUGAUUUAAGUCACAUCUUUAAAUGUUUUAUUUUGUCCAGCAGGUGGUCCAAAAUUAUUCAGUUUAUUAAAAUGUGUAAAAAAAAAAAAAAAAAAAGGGAAAAA